UGAUAUAUUAAAUUAGAGAAUUAUGCAUUUUAGUUUUAUAAUGUCAACGACGUUGGUCUACUGUGCAGCGCGUAGAAGAUGAUCGAAGCUUUUGCCAAUAAUUUAAGUAGUCAUUUGGGGCGACAUCUUUUCUACUGGGCAGUGUCCCAACCGGAAGUCAACGGUCUCAAUCUGCGUCUCACCGAGUUAAUAAACAAAUUCCACGGCCCACUUGAACGUGGCGUUCAGGUGCUAGACCACCUGCUAACACUCGACGAAGAGGACUUCAAUGGCCAUUGGGGCAGCGCAUAUAGGCACAAUUAUGAGCCAGAAUAUGCGGGUAGCGAUGGCAAUGAGGAAGUACUUCAUACGGCAAGCCAUCGAGAAGAGUUGCCAACACCAGCACGCGUGUUAGCAAUGGCGAGUGGAAAUCGUGGAAGCAAUAGAAAUAAUAAUAACAAUAACAACAUCAACAUAAAUAGCAACCGCAUCUCCUCAACAAAUCUGAAUAUGGAAACGCUAAACAAUGGUAAUGGUCUACUCUUAUCACCGCCACACAACAAUUCGGCAAACAAUCACCAUCAACAACAACAGCAACAACAACGUAGUGCCAUGGUUGGAGUAGGCGCCGGUGCAGCAGCAGGUGGUGGUGGUGGUGCCAGCAGUGCUGGUGGCCCUACAAGCGGUAGCGGCGGUAUUGCAACUGGCGGCGGUGAACAUAAUAUACAAAUAACACAACCCAUCAGCGCACCCUCGUCGCCACUUGCAUCGCCGGGUGCUAUUAGUAGUUCGGCGCUCUUCUGCUUGCCGUCAAGCUCGUCGGGUGGUACAGCUGGCGGUAGCACCAGUAGCAGCGGCGGUGGUAGUGGCAGUGGUUCGUAUGUAUGUAAUGCUGGUGCAGCUAACCAGUCAAACAAUUCAACUGCGAAUGCGGUCGAUACGGCUGAUCCGAACUGGCAGGCCACAAAAGCGACGGUGCUCGAACGGAAUGCUGCUAUGUUCAACAAUGAGCUAAUGUCGGAUGUAAAAUUUGUUGUUGGAGGGGAAUUUGCAGAUUGCGUACAAACUAUACCGGCGCACAAGUAUAUCCUGGCUACGGGCAGUUCGGUGUUCUACGCUAUGUUUUAUGGUGGGUUGGCCGAAAACAAGCAGGAAAUUAAAGUGCCUGAUGUGGAGCCAUCUGCGUUUUUAACGCUGUUAAGAUACCUAUAUUGUGAUGAGAUUCAAUUGGAACCUGAUAACAUUUUGGCUACGUUAUAUGCGGCCAAAAAAUAUAUUGUGCCACAUUUAGCACGCGCAUGCGUCAAUUAUUUAGAAGUCAAAUUGACGGCAAAAAACGCCUGUCUACUUCUCAGUCAAUCGCGUCUAUUCGAAGAGCCCGAGUUGAUGCAGCGAUGCUGGGAAGUAAUCGAUGCACAAGCCGAAAUGGCGAUUAAAUCGGAAGACUUUGUCGACAUCGAUCUAAAAACGUUCGAAUCGAUAUUGUCGCGUGAGACGCUAAACUGCAAGGAGAUCCAUCUCUUUGAGGCAGCGCUCAAUUGGGCUCUGAAUGCUUGUCAAAAAAUGGGCAUUGAUGUCACACCACAGAAUAAACGCAACAUGUUGGGACAAGCAUUGCAUUUAAUACGCAUACCAACCAUGACUUUGGAGGAGUUUGCAAAUGGCGUCGCCCAAACGGGUAUACUCACAUCACAAGAGACUAUUGAUAUAUUUUUGCAUUUUACCGCACAAUCUAAACCGCAUUUAAGUUUCCCUACACGUGCACGUGCCGGUCUGAAAACACAAGUUUGUCACCGUUUUCAGUCAUGCGCUUAUCGCUCGAACCAAUGGCGUUAUCGCGGGCGUUGUGAUUCAAUACAGUUUUCAGUGGAUCGCAGAAUUUUUAUUGUUGGUUUCGGUCUGUAUGGUUCCUCAACCGGUGCUGCUAAUUAUAAUGUAAAAAUCGAAUUAAAACGCCUCGGACGCACCCUCGCCGAAAAUGACACGAAAUUCUUCUCUGAUGGCUCAAGCAACACAUUCCAUGUGUUCUUUGAGAAUCCCAUACAGAUUGAACCAGAGUGCUACUACACCGCCUCCGUGAUACUUGAUGGCAAUGAGUUGAGCUUUUUCGGUCAGGAGGGCAUGUCCGAAGUGUGCAUGGGUAAUGUAACAUUCCAGUUCCAAUGCUCAUCGGAGAGCACAAACGGCACUGGAGUGCAGGGUGGUCAAAUACCUGAACUGAUAUUCUAUGGGCCGACAAUUGUUACUGGUUUAAAUUCACCUACUAAUUCGCUGUGUGCUACACCAAUUGGUGCUGGCAGUAGCGGCAGUGGUGGCGUAUCGAAUGGCGGCGGUCUACACGUAAAUUGUGAUGACUUAUUGGGUAGUGCCAGCAGCGAAGUUGGUGGCAGCGGCAGUGGUGCACUGAGCGCAUGAGAAAUAGUGGAGUAUUGCAAGGACGAUGAAUUGGAACUCUUAUGAGAAGCUUGAGGAGAACAAAUAAUUGCAACCUAUGGUUUUUCAUUGUGAAAUUUAGUGUUAAAACUGAAAUGGAUUAAUAUGUAGUUCUUAGAAAGAAGUCAGCGAAUGGACAACCAAAUAAAUAAAUACAGGCAAUAUUUACAAAUAUGUACAUUAAACAAAUCAAAGCAUGUAUAAACACUUACUUUACGUUUAAGUUAAAAUCAAAUGAAUGACGUAAGCUGAUUAACAUUCAGACAACAUAAUUGAAUGAAAUUCGGAAUGAGGAGUAAAAACACAAAAAGGCAAUCAAAUUUGGUAAAACAGAUUCUAAAGGCAUAUUAAAAAACACUAAAACACACUUACAAAGACUUGUAGAAUGUAGUAUUUUGGAUUGAAAUUAAUACAAUAACCUGCGGAACAUAGUAAACGAACAAGCAAUUGCAAAUUACAUACCUACUUACAUAUGUACAUUCAUACAUUUGACAUGAUCGAGAAAAGAAAGAAAUUUACUACAAAGUUACGUAUUUAUCUAGUAUUUAUUAAAUCCUGAACAACAUUCAGGCCAAAUAAGAAAUUAGUAGGGUGAGAAAUAUUAAAAGGUUUGAAUGCAUAUUGACACAUAUACAACUAUAUAAAUAAACACAUUACAAAGCAUGUUAGUACUUUUUUCAGUAGUUUUUUCAUAUACUCGAAAGGAAGAGAAGUAUUCAUAUGCAUACUUCGUACUUGAAAACAUUAAAAAAUAUUUGAACAUUUUGCGAAAAGACAUUAAUAUAGUAUGAGUUUAGUUUGCAAGCAAUUAAGCGUUUCAUUAUUAAUGCAAAUACAAAUGCCACACAUAGUCGAAUCCACAAUUAGCAAUCUCGUAGCAUUUUAGCGUUUGUCUUACGUCUAUUUGACACGUAUAUAAAUAUAAUAUAAUCACUGUAUCGAUAUUGGAAUAUUUAAUGUUCUUUAAAGGUCUGCUAUCAAUGGAAAUGAAUUGCAUUUUCGUCAUUUAACACCUUGCAUUUACGCUGGAUUAUUUUUUACAGACAGUUUUUGCAUUGCUUUGUUUUUAGUUUUUAGGUACAAGUGUUUGUGUUGCGUUUGAGAUUUAAAUUUAAAUGGUCAGCAAGGAGUUAAUGCAAAAACUCAAACAAUGCACAAAUGUUGGAUUAGAACUGGCAUUCGCCUACAUCAAAGGCAAUACUUAGGUGCCUUUUUCUGCAAUUUAUUUUAAUAUAAGUUAUGCUUUUUGCUAUCAAAUUCUAUUUAAAGGUGUUCUUUUUAUAUUAUCUCUUGAAGCUUUGUAUUUAUAUAAUAAAGAUCUUGGAUUUUUGAA